AUGUCCGCCCCAGCACAGAAGUUCAAGGUCGCCGACAUUUCGUUGGCGGCCUUUGGCCGUCGCGAGAUUGAAUUGGCCGAGAUUGAGAUGCCAGGUCUCAUGAACAUCCGAGAGCGAUACACAUCCGACCAGCCUUUGGCCGGCGCCCGUAUUGCUGGCUGUCUUCACAUGACCAUCCAGACCGCCGUCCUAAUCGAGACCCUCAAAGCCCUUGGUGCCGAAGUAACCUGGUCAUCAUGCAACAUCUUCUCUACACAAGAUCAUGCUGCAGCUGCCAUUGCUGCUGGCGGCACACCAGUCUUCGCCUGGAAGGGUGAGACCGAGGAAGAGUACAACUGGUGCUUGGAGCAACAAUUGAAGGCCUUCCCCUCUGGCAAAUCCCUCAACCUGAUUCUCGAUGACGGCGGCGACCUGACUGCACUUGUCCAUGAGAAGUACCCGGAGAUGCUCAAGGACUGCUACGGUGUCUCGGAGGAGACGACUACCGGUGUCCACCAUCUCUACCGCAUGCUCAAGAAGGGUGGCCUGCUCGUGCCUGCCAUCAACGUCAACGACUCAGUCACCAAGUCCAAGUUCGACAAUCACUACGGCUGCAAGGAGUCUCUCAUCGAUGGCAUCAAGCGUGCUACAGACGUCAUGAUUGCUGGCAAGAUCGCCAUCGUCGCCGGCUUCGGUGACGUCGGCAAAGGCUGUGCGGCGUCCCUGCACGCCCUGGGUGCACGUGUCAUCGUGACUGAAGUUGACCCCAUCAACGCACUGCAAGCCGCCAUGAGCGGAUUCGAGGUCAACACCAUGGACGAAGCCGCCAAGCUUGGUCAGAUCUUCGUAACCACAACUGGCUGCCGUGAUAUCCUGGUUGGCCAGCACUUUGAGGCCAUGCGCAACGAUGCCAUCGUCUGCAACAUUGGCCACUUCGACAUCGAGAUCGAUGUUGCAUGGCUCAAGAAGACCGCCAAGUCCGUUCAGAACAUCAAGCCCCAAGUCGACCGCUACACCAUGCCCUCCGGCCGCAACAUCAUCCUGCUCGCUGAGGGCCGUCUCGUCAACUUGGGAUGCGCGACCGGCCACUCAUCGUUCGUCAUGUCGUGCUCAUUCUCAAACCAGGUCCUUGCACAGAUCAUGUUGUACAAGGCUGAGGACGAGAAGUUCGGUGCGAAGUACCCCGAGUUCGGCAAGGUGGGCAAGAAGGAUAUUGGUGUCUACGUCCUACCCAAGAUUUUGGAUGAGCAAGUCGCUUUGCUGCACCUGGAGCAUGUCAAUGCCAAGUUGACGAAGCUCACCGAUGUGCAGGCCGAGUAUCUGGGUCUGGACGUCAAGGGACCCUUCAAGUCGGAGAUCUAUCGCUACUAA